AGCAGUGCCUCCUUCUUGAAUGAUGUUGGUCCUGGAGGUUCGAUUGUGGGUACGAGGCAGGCACACAUAAAUGGUCCAAAAGUUGUUUUUUAAGUUUAGCUUUCUACGCGCUCCUUGGUUUGCAGUCCUGGAUCCGGUUCGGUAUCUUUUAGUGCUACAUGUACAGUAGAAGACACCUCCGACGAGAAUACUAUAUUUGUACCUAGAACAUAUGCACGAGGCCACUCUUGGUUUUUGAAACUCCCCGUCCAUUCGUUUGUAUUGUACUUCAUUUUGCAGCAGUACACCACAAUAUUAUUGGCACUGCGCUAAAUCAUCUAAAAGAACCCAGCCAGCAAGCAUCUUCACGAAGAUGACGGACGACGCUGCGGCCAACCUGGAUGAGCAGACCCAGAAGCAGAUGGAAGAGCUGCGAAAUGAGGCAAAGCAAGCACCGGGGGUCGGUAAACUGGAAUCUUUGCAAGACUUUGCAAACGCGGAGUUCGGUUUGGAACAAACGGGCCCCUCCGCCGCGACGGCAGGAACAAGCAGUUCCAGCGGUUCACAGAACACUUUUUACAAGAAAACCAUGACGUUGACCAAGCAGUUUUCCCGACUCCGCAAGUGCCGCCGGGACGGGAACUGCUUCUACCGGAGCUACCUAUUCGGUAUGAUGGCGGAGAUGUGCAAGAAUGUGGGGUUUAGGAAGCACAUCAAGGCGAUUCUCGCGCAGAGCUUGAGCUACUGCGAGAGCGCGGGGUACGACAAAUUCGCACUGGAGGAGAUGCACGAGGAAGUCACGGAAAGUACAAUAUCACUAUGAUUUACAUUUACUAUGCUUGUUGAGAUGUACUCGUAGCAGUUAGGCUCUCAUACGGAAUUUUCAUUCCCAACCAUUAACAUUCUCCUGUUGCGCCUCUGUGCAACAAGAUUUCACAGUCUAAUGCGGUGAUGAAAUCAAGUUGCAAACUCGAUACCAGUUGUCGACAACCUUUUCCCGGACGAUCAGACAGGGGAACUCGACAUCAGCAAAGUAGAACAACUCUUCCAGUCUGACGACCUCAAUUACCCCAUCUGCUUCGCGCGGUGCCUCACCAGCAGCUUCAUGAAGCACAACAAGGACGACUUCCUACCGUUUUUGACGACGCACGACACCGUGGAAGCCUUCUGCAUGAGCGAGGUAUACUUACUACUGCAUCAAGGGGGUAGGCUUGUGCUUGAGAUUCCUGUUUGUUGCGCUAGCGCGUAACUUUUUUUACAAAAAUGUGAAUACUUCUGUAGGGUAGCUUCCUGGUGGUCGUGUCAAGGCUCCAUGGGUCGUGACACAAAUGUAAAACAGGUCGACCCCUUGUGGAAGGAGGCAGACCAGCUGCAGAUACAAGCGCUCGCGAGCUACUUCAAAAUCCCCAUUCGGAUAUUUUACCUGGACCAGAGCGAGGGAGAUGCCUGCACCGUGCACGAGAUGCUGUUCAACGAGAGCGGGGGCGGUGGAGAAGAGGACAGUCCGACCGCGGUAAUCAACUUCUUGUACCGACCAGGACACUACGAACUGUUGUAUGUGUGAACAGCCAAUUUUUCGCGGUCCGGCGGGUAAUCCGAUUUCAGCUUUGAAGAGGCGAGCGGAAGCGGGUCAGUUGGUAACGGGACAAAUACGGAACUUAGCCGGAAGUUGCAGAGGAGGAAUUGCGAAUGGAAACUCUAUGUGCAGCUGUCGAAAGUAUAGCUUCAACCUGUCGUCGUGCCGGGCACACACGUGUCGUGUCGUACCUGCUCACCAUCUGCGCUCGCACAAUAGCUCAAAAUAUGAUGGAACUGCUCAUAUUAUCCCGCACAUGGAAAGAUGAAUUUCAAAUUUCUAGGCAGCCGUACAUCAAGCGACCACGAGUAUUUUCCACAUCAGGCCCGAGAAAUGAUUCUGCGUAUAACAUCAAUGUGAUUUCUUGAUGACUCUGAC